UGGUUUGGACACUCGGUGUUUUUUUAAAUCGUAGCUGACAAGCGUUCAUGAACUCUCUGUCAACAUUUGUUACAAAAAACGUCAAUUCAUUGUCUAUUUGCCAGAAACAAUGAGGACCACCAGUGAGUUUGAUUCAUCCUCUGAUGAAGAGGAAAUUUGUGAAGAGCAUCUGACACCUUUCCAGAUCUCCUGGUUGCCCUUGUCCAUAGUGGACUGUUCUCUGUUUCUUGGAAUAUGUCCUUUGCCAGGGUGCAAAUUCAAAGAUAUCAGAAGAAAUUUACUGAGAGAUGUUGGUGAGCUGCAGAACCAGGGGGUGCAGGAUGUGUUUGUGUUCUGUACCAGAGGAGAGCUCCAUAAGUACCGUGUGCCUAGCCUGCUGGAGACCUACAGGCAGCAGGGGCUCGUGGUGCACCACCUGCCCUUCCCUGACGGGGGCACCCCUGAUUUGCAGCAGUGCUGCCAGAUACUGGAGGGACUGCAAGCCAACCUACACAACAACCGGAAGACUGUCAUCCAUUGUUAUGGAGGUCUGGGUCGCUCUGGACUAAUUGCUGCCUGUCUGCUGCUUCAACUGUCAGUCUCCAUGACUCCCAACAAAGCCAUCGAGAUCCUAAGAGAGCACAGAGGGGGUGGGGCCAUUCAGACAGUCAAGCAAUACAACUUCCUGCAUGAGUUCCGGGAAAAAUACUCUGCCUACCAAGAGACCAAGGCAAUCUCAACAGAGCGAUCGGUGUCGCGGUGAUACCAUUCCCCUUCAACAUCAACUGAACUCUGUCCUUUUUAAAUUAAUUGGGAGUAAUAAAGCAUUGAAUAUUAACCGCUCUCAAGAAGAGAUGGUUUGACAUGA